AUGCAUAAGAUUGAUGGAGUUGAAUUUGGUUGUCCUUCACAACGCUUCCCUUUACAGAAUCACCUUCGGGCAAUGGCAGCUGCACAGCGAACAAGUCAAGCAAACAAUGGUGUCGAUAGCUCUCUCCAUCAGAGCAUUUUGGCCUGGCUAUCGCAGACUUAUCAGUAUGAUUCAGACAACUACGAUACGGGUAUCCAGCGAUCGCGUGUGUAUGAAGAUUACAUUGAGUACCUUCGCGUCAACGAGCCUGAUCAGCAACCACUCAACGCAGCUGGUUUUGGAAAGCUUGUCAAAACGGUCUUCCCGGGUAUACGCACUAGACGACUUGGUAUCCGUGGCCAAUCGAGAUACAACUAUUGCGGCAUUGCAUAUAAACAACCACAGCCAUUAUCAUCACAACAACAACAACGAAGACGAUCCACAAGUCCUUCACCUUCAACAGCAAUGAUGAAUGAUGGUGAUACCGAUAUGCCAACGACACAACAACAAGGCGUGAUAGUAAAUAAUACAGACGUAUCGUCUCAGCAUGUUGGGUUACCUAUCAAUGGUCAUAGUGAACAAGUAUCAUCGACACAGCAGCAACAGCAGCAACCCCAAUCAGAAAUUCAGGAACGAGAGAUCCCGACACUACAGCCAUUCAUGGCACCACACACCACCGAUCCUUCUCGGCAACCAGAAUCUGAACAACUCACAUCACUGUACCAUAAUCAUUGUCAAGAGAUACUCAAGCUCAUGCUACUCAACCAAGAUAUCAGCGAUUGCAUUCACCAACUUUACUCAACGAUACCAGAUCCUAUCCGCCAGAUCAUGAAUGGAGAUUCACAAGUGAUGGAGGCUAUUUGGCGUUGGGAUUGCGUGCUAUAUGAUACCAUCAUCCAUGUCCUUUUCCCCUCAAUACACGCUCCAAUCAGCAAAGCAACACAUGACUAUUUGAAAUCGUGUUCAUCCAACCUAUCAAGCUACUGCACGAUGGCCUUGAGUGGAUAUUCGGAAUCAUUGAUAAGCAAAAAGAUGGCAGUGAUGCAUAUUUUCAUAUCCAAGCUCGAUCGAUUGGUGAUUUCAAAUCAAUUGGCCCAAGCGGCGCAUCAUGAUCUUACUACUCAAGCCAAAGACAUGCUUGUGGAUUGGGAAAAGAUCAGCAUUGACAACAUACUGGAUGGAGCACAAUGGAUGUCCCCUUGGGGUGGUGACGAAGGUCUCGGUCAACAGCUCAACAAGGUCAAGCUAUUGUUACAAAGGCAGUGUCAAGCAGCCAAUGACGAUCAAAGUGGAAUUGGUGCCUGGGUGGAUUGGGUAUACGACAUUGUGCAUCAGCAUUUGAUCACGCCACAUGAUACAAUCAGCUGGGUUAAGGAGGCGAUUCAACGAUGGACCCUUUACAGCUCAUUGAUAUUACGUGAACUCGCUUUGGUAGAAGAUGCCACUACUUUGGAUGCAUUUCGUAAGUUGUGGAUGUUCAUCAACGAUUAUGUGAUCUAUUUGGGAGAAGAGUCCAUUGCUUCAAGAAACAUGGCUGCCAUGGGUUCCGCUAAAGCUGAAAUGCAGUUCCCGCGUACAUUUUCCUCCUCUGAUUCGAUCCCAUCCAGCUCUUUAUCAUGA